AUGCUGAUCACUGUGCUGGCCUCGCGGCGGCCGUCGUUGGUCGCUCGCUACGUCGUGCCGGCCAGCAUUCUGGUGCUGCUGGCAUACUGCUUCUCGCUGCCGACCAAACUCCAGAUGGCCACGGCAGCCACGGUCGCCCAGCUACACCAAAAGCACCGCCAGCAAUACCACACACCGGCAGCCAAUGCAAACGUCCAGCCAAUGUUGAUGCCGAUGCCCAUUCCCGUGGCUGCUACUGACCAGAAAGCAACGCCACCGUCCCCUCCGCCCCCACCGACACAACACCCCAUCGAGCGACUCGUCGCCGAGGCCGACAAGCAGUUCCGCAGCCUGCUCGCACAGGAGACGCAUACCCUGGAGGAUGCGGCCGCCGCGUACCGCAAGCGCCGUGGACGGCACCCGCCGCCCGGGUUCGACCGGUGGCACCGCUUCGCCAGAGAGCGUAAUGUCGUCUUUGUGGAGUCGUUUUGGGACCAAAUUUACCACGACCUGCACCCGUUCUGGGCGCUGCCGCCGAAGCCACUGCAGCGCGAAGCGCGCGACUUUGAGAUGACGAUCCACGUGCGGCGCGGGCGGGUCACGACAACGAGCGACUGGUUCUGGACCCAAAUCUGGCUGGACCUGCUGAAGACCAUCGAGUCGGAGCUGCCGGACAUGGACAUUGCGCUCAACGCAAUGGACGAGCCGCGGGUGGUGGUGGCGUGGGAGGCGAUGCAGAACUAUGUGGUGGAGGCCGAGCGGACCCAGGGGUUCCCGCGGCCCGAGGACGUGCAGGAGACGUUUCAGUCGUUACCGUUGGCCGAGGGCCAUGACGACAAUGGCAACAGCAACAGCGUCGCCAACAGCAAUCACAAACGGUGGACGACAACGGGGCCGUACUGGGAACUGGUGCGGCGCGGCUGUGCGCCCCAGUCGAUGGCGCGCCAGACACAGACGGCACCGCCCACGACGAACCAUGGCCGACCAGACAUCACCGACACCUAUACCAAUCCACACAUGUACCGCGGGUUUGUGGCCAACAGCUCGCUGUCGAGCGACGUGUGCCACCAGCCCGACCUGGCGGGGCUCAACGGCAUCUUUAUCGAGCCGCUCUCGAUUUCCACCACGGACACGCUGCUGCCCAUUUUCGGCGGCAGCAAACUCUCAGUCAACAGCGACAUUUUGCUGCCGGCACCCAUGUACUGGAGCAACGAGGCGCGGUUUGGGGGUGGUAGCGGGGGCACAGCAGACCGGCCGUGGUCGAAUAAGACGAAUGGUGCCAUUUGGCGGGGCGUGGCCACGGGUGGGCACAACCGGGCGGAAAACUGGAAGGGCUUUCACCGGCACCGGUUCGUCGCCAUGAACAACGGCAGUUUGGUGGCCCAUGCAGAGUCGGAUCCAGAGCACAAGGCACCCAACAUGGUGUUGCCCGCCGCAUCCUACAAUUUGCAAGUACAGAAGGAAGGCGGGCUGGGCACGUGGGUGUCGUCGUGGUCCGACUGUGGCUUUGUUGACCUGAUGUGUGACGGUGGGGCGAAGGCCGAAACGAAUACCGAUGGUAGCAACAAUGGCGGCGCCACCGACGACAAGACCUGCUCGUACGUCGACGACUACUUUUCUGCCGUGGACAGUGUGUCCCUUCCUGAGCAGUUCCACCGCAAGUUGCUGCCCGACAUUGACGGCAACAGCUUCAGCGGGCGGUAUCUCGCGUUCCUCAAGAGCUCCAGUUUGCCCGUCAAGGCCACCGUCUGGAAGGAAUGGCACGACGCCCGGCUCGUCGCGUGGAAGCACUUUGUGCCCAUGGACAACCGGUACGGCGACUGGUAUGGCAUUGUCGACUUUUUCCUGGGGGGCGGCGGUGGAAAGGGUGAAAAGGGUGAAAAGGGCGACCGGAUGGCAGAAGCGAUUGCGUCCGCCGGCAAGGCAUGGGCAGACCGUGUGCUGCGCAGAGAGGACAUGCAGGUGUACGUGCUGCGGCUGUUGCUCGAGUAUGCGCGCGUGUUGGACGAGAAGCGGGAACUGUUGGGGUGGGUGGGCGACUUGAAGACCUAG